AUGGAUGAGAAAAGACUUCAAAAACUCUUCAAAGAAGCUGAACGAAUUCGUCAUGCUGGCGGGAGAAAUCCCAAGGAGAAAAUCGAUAUUUAUCAUGAAACAGCUGAAGCAUGUCGAUCUCUUGGAAAAUACGAUGAAGCAAUUAAAUAUUUUACUCUCGCAUUACGCGAAGCUCAAUCAGCGGAUCUACGCGAAGAUAUUCUCUAUUAUCAUCGAUUCAUUGGCGAAUGUUAUUUUGCGAAAAAUGAAUUUAAGAAAAGUGAAAAACAUCAUUUGAAUUUCCUUUCUGCAGCACGUGAAUAUGCAGAUGACGAACGAACCGAACAAGCUUAUACAUGCUUAGCACAUACCUAUUGGGUUUGGUUAAGUUAUUUACAAGAUGAUGUCUUACAUGAUUCUGAACGUGAUCAAUUUCCACGUGAAAUAUGUAAGAAAAGCUUAGAUGCAGCGAAAAAUAGUUUAUUGAUGAUUGAAAAAUUGGAUUAUCAAUUAAAUAUCGAUAUGAAAAAGAAACAGGGCAUGAAAAUCAAGGAUUUAGAAAAACGACAACAGGAUUUAGCGCUGAAACGCGUACGAGCUUAUAUCAACGUUGCCAAUGCCAUGAGUGAAAAGUAUACAACCGGUGAUAAAUCCGGCUCAAGUCUCAAAGCAUUGAGUCAAUACAUUAAAAAUGCUAUUGAACUUGCCAAAAAACAUCAAUUACAUGAAGAAUUAGCGCGUCUUCAUUCAUCGGUCUCAACAUUUUACCUUAGUGUACCAAAUUUCUUACAAUAUAAGAAAGAAAUUAUUACAACUAUGGAACAAGCUGUUCGAUACGCUCAAUUAGCAAAGAAUACGACAGAAUACCUUUCUUGUUUGCAUGACAUUGCUCAGGCACUUUUACUCUUCGAUGAUUAUCAAGGUGCAAAAAGUUAUCUGUUAAAAAUCUAUCGAUACCGAAAAAAUGAUCCAAUCAAAGACAAAGCUAGACGAGAUCUAGCUGAUGUGCAACGAAUUCUGACUGGAUUGGAAGAUCGAUAUGAGCAAGAGACGAAUCUUCGGAAUAAGAUGAAACUGGCCGAGAAAUGUGCGGAUGUAUUUUCUCAUUUGAAACGCAAUGAGAAAAGUAAAACCUAUUACUUGAAACAAUUAAAACAUGCACAAGAGAUAAAUCUCGAUGAAACUGAAAUGGCUGAUAUAUAUUCAUCACUUGGAAGUAUUUGCCAAGAUUUACAAGAAUGGCAAGCAAGCAUUGAUUACUUUCGACGAGAAAUGAGUUGUCGAGUUGGUUUAGGUUCUCGAGCUGAUAUCGAACAAGGUUAUUCACUUUGUGAAAUCAUUAAAUGUGAAUAUCGAUUAAAAGUUGACAUUGAAGUACGAAUCACAACAUUUCGACGAGUGCUAACUCUUGCUCGAUCUACCAACGAUCGAAGUUUAAUCAGAAUGGCUGUUGCGCUGGUCUUUGCUUUGAAACUACGCGAUCUGAGUAUUCAUUUGGAUGAUGAGUUGGAAGAAUUUAUCGGUAGCGUUCAACCGCCGAUUACGGAGGAAAAUUACAGUGAAAUUUUACGACGAGCGGAGCGAACAACCAGUGAAAUAACGGAUUCGUUACAAUCGAACAAUGACGAAGAUGAAGACGAAGGAAAUGUCGACGACGAUGAUGAUGAGAGAAUUCUAGAAACACUCUCGGAUGAAACAGAUAAUGAAGAUGAUGAUGGGGGUGAGGAUGAAAAUGAAUUAGAUUCUACGCUACGUGGCAAAGGUCGACAGAGAAGAAAAAUAUGGAGAAAUUGCUAUGGUGAAAGUCGUUUACAUUUAGCUUGCAAAGAAAAGAAUGGCCUACGAAAAGUCAAACAAUUCAUUUCCGAGGGAGAUGAUAUCAAUCUUCAAGAUAAUCAUGGAUGGACACCAUUGCAUGAAGCAGCUAAUCAUGGUCAUGUCGAUAUUGUUCGAUAUCUAUUAGAUUGUAAAGCUAACAUUAACAUAAAAGCAAAUAAUGGAAUAACUACCCUGAUUGAUGCAUGUAACAGUGGACGAUUGGAUAUCAUUGAAGUUUUGCUUUCGUAUGGUGCGAAAACAAACAUUCGAACUAACAAUGGUUACACAGCAGUGGAUUAUUUGACAUUGUAUGAUGAAAAUAUGACGCCAGAUGAUCGACGAAGAUUUACUCGAUUGAAAGAACUACUUUUGGUUUCAGUGAGAAAGGAUGAGCCAACAUAUUGCACGCAGCGUGUUAUUCGUAGUGAUUUUGGAAAUGAAUCUGAUGAAGAAGACACUUUAACGGGCGAACAUAAUUCGAAUAGUAAUGAUAGUAUUGAAGAUGUCGUCGAAAAGCAUGCGGAUAAACGACCACAAUAUAAGAGUAUUAUGAACAAUAUUCGACGGGGAAUUCGAACGGAUGAUGAUGUAGCAAAUAGCAAACAAUCACCAGUAAAGCCAAAGAAAUCGAAGUUAACUCCAUUUGUAUCCGAUGCUGAGUAUGAACGAACUACCAACAAUGAGAAGAAUUGGGUUGUUGCUGAUAGUGAACCGAUCGAAGUUGAACAUUCAACAAAUACCAAAACACGCAAACAGCGACUUCAACGAUCACGUUCCCCAUCCGUCUCAUCAUCACACACACCGGCUAGUAAACGAAGACGAACGAUAACUGAUACAAAAUCUCCAGUAAAAGUUGUUCCACCGCCUCCACUUCCAUUACAAACAUCAACAAACAACAUCGAUCUCAUCAAUUUCGAUGAUAUGGAUUUAUUUUCACCCAUGAAAAAAGACUCACCUGCUGCUACACAUCCAACUCCAUCACUUUCUCCGGUUCUACAAGUCAUGACGCCGAAAUCAAUUACGCUAUCCCGUCGUCCAUCGUCCACAUCAUCGACGAACACCAUUGCCACAUCAGCCACGACAACAUCCGUCGUCCUUCCACCUUCCAUUUCACAUGAUUUGUCCACACGAAUUAUCCGAUGCUUAGCAAAUACAGCUCAACGAACACAAGACGAUAAAAAACUUCGAAUACCAAUGUCUCCGUCAGAUACGUUAACCAGUCUUCGUUAUCAAGUUCUCAAACGUUUACAUGAUAAUUACAAUGUCUACGCUUGCUCUAUUAAAGCGACAUAUGUGGACAAAGAUCCUGUUCUUGUUUAUGAACAACUGUGCAAAGAAAAUAAAAUGGCUGCCUACUCGAAUAUUCGAACAGCAUUAAAACAAUUUUUCGACAAGUUUGAAUUAUCACUACAACGGUUAAGUUUGCGAUUACAGCAAACAAUUUGUAUAUUACAAGUCUUUGAAAAUUUCAUGUUUAUCCAUUCAAUCAAUCUAUCGGAGAAUAAUCUUACGGAUGGUAUAUUUGAUCAAUUGGCGAAAUUGUGUUUAGAUCAAUUGAAAAUAUUAAAUCUCUCGCAGAAUAAAUUCACGUCGAAUGGAAUACGUAAAUUAUUCGAACAAAAAUCAAUGAAUAAUUUACUCGUACUUGAUUUGACUGGAAAUACGGAUAUUGAUUGUGUUACAUUAACAUUCCUCCGCAGUCGUCAUCCAAACUUGACUAUAUAUCAUUGA